AUUGUAUAAAAAUAACUAAAAUGGUAGGAAUUUGUGGAGUUUCCUCAGUCAUAUUGCUUUUAUACUAAAUUAGUUUCAAUGCUAAUUAGGCAAAAGAAAACGACGUCUACAUUUAUAUUCACAUUUACAAACAUUUUCUUACUAGUUUGUUAUGAUAUUUAUUUAUUUGGGUCUAAUAUUCGAAUUACUUCACAACUUUGUACAUCAUUUUAUUUAUAUCCUGGCAGCACAAAUAUCGAGUUGUUUUUCAUUCAAUUUUCAGUGGAAUUUUGACGUCGCUGCUACUGGCUCGUUCUGCAUGUAGUGCCUAGAUUUUCAAAAUGUCUCUAAUUAAGUAGUUCUGUAGGGAAACAAACGGAUCGAUUCUUAAAUGACGCCCACGAAAACGACAAAAACCGAAGUAGAAAUGGUGAUAAGAAACAGAAAAACCGCAAUGAAAGACGGGAUCAUGACAAUGUCUGGCAUCGGGGAGCCUUCCGUGUUCCACGCACUAGUGGUGAUCUUUUUGGAGUUCUUUGCGUGGGGACUGCUCACGAUGCCAAUCAUAUCCGUGCUAAACGCCACGUUCCCAGAUCACACGUUCCUGAUGAACGGACUGAUAAUGGGCAUCAAGGGCAUUCUGUCGUUCCUGUCUGCGCCGCUGAUCGGCGCGCUGUCAGACGUCUGGGGGCGCAAAUUCUUCCUGCUGGUGACGGUGUUCUUCACCUGCGCGCCGAUCCCGCUCAUGACCAUCAACACCUGGUGGUUCUUUGCCAUGAUUAGCAUCAGUGGAGUAUUCGCCGUGACGUUUUCGAUCGUGUUCGCGUACGUGGCCGAUGUGACCACGGAGGCGGAGCGCUCGCGCGCCUACGGGCUAGUCUCUGCUACCUUUGCCGCUAGCAUGGUUAUCUCGCCCGCGCUCGGCGCCUACCUCAUGGACCUCUACGGUGAGGCGCUCGUAGUAGCCGCUGCCACCGCCGUUGCCGUGCUGGACGUAUUCUUUAUUAUGGUGGCCGUGCCAGAAAGCUUGCCGGAGAAAGUCCGACCCAGUGGAUGGGGCCCUGCAAUCAGCUGGGAGCAAGCUGACCCAUUUGCUGCACUAAGGAAAGUGGGAGCUGAUCGUACAGUGUUGAUGCUGUGUGUGGCUGUGUUCUUGUCCUACCUCCCUGAGGCAGGACAGUAUUCAUGCAUUUUUGUGUACCUUAAACUAGUGAUGGGUUUCGGUGUAGUGCAAGUGGCGAUUUUCAUCGCAAUUGUGGGAGUGCUGAGCAUUGGAGUGCAAGUGAUCCUUGGCUUCCUAAUGAGGACUCUAGGACCAAAGCACACCAUCAUGGUGGGAUUGUUGUUUGAGAUGCUGCAGCUCAUGUGGUACGGGUUCGGGUCCCGCACGUGGAUGAUGUGGGCGGCGGGCGUACUAGCAGCACUGGGCUCGCUCACCUACCCCGCCAUCAGCGCGUACGUGUCCGUGAACUCGCGGCCGGACAGACAAGGUGUCGUGCAGGGUAUGGUGACUGGAGUGCGCGGGCUCUGCAAUGGCCUCGGGCCCGCGAUGUUCGGCGUUAUCUUCUACUUGUUCCAUGUGGAUUUGAACGAAGAGCAUGCGACGGAUGGCCGGCCGGAACCGGACCGCUACGUCCGCCUGGUACCAGGCCCGCCGUUCGUGCUGGGCGCGCUGCUGGUCAUCUGUGCACUGCUAGUGGCCGCGUUCCUGCCCGAGGACAGCGCGGGGUCGGGGCGGCGCUCGCCGGACGCGCGCUUCGAGCUGGAGCGCGGGCGGCGUGUAGCAGGCGCGCUGUCGCCCCUGAUGGCGCCGGAGUCGGCGGCGCUCUAGCUGCAAGCCCGCGCCGCCCGCGCAGCGAGCGUUUGAGUCCCGCAUUUACAAAGGUACCAAAGUGAGCCCACCGGGCUAUCCCCGGUCCUUGAGAGACUUUCCGCUUCUAUUGUGGUUUUUAAGCUUUAUAACUGUUUUGUAACUUUCGAUUUGCCGCAGAUGUGUACAUAUUUUAUCUAUAAAUCACUGAAAUAGAUGAGGGCGCGUGGGCGCGCCCUCUGGGACUCCUGUUGUUGGGAGCUGUUGGGUUAAAAUGUCAUUAAACAUUCACCCUAAAGAAUAUUUAUAUCAAUCACCAUGCUUUUCUCUAAGCUCCUCAUGUUACAAUAAAUCAAAUGAAAUGUUGUCACAAUCAAAUCAUUUUAAAAACAACAAAACACUUGUCAAUGAGAUAGUAAUCAUUGGACUAAUUAUUACACAAAGAAUGUUUUAAUUAAACUGGAAUCAUAUUUAUCUUAAGGGUAAAUAAUAAAGUGCCUUUGAUCAAAUAUAACUCCCGUUUAGUCAACAAAAGUUCUUUAUAAAUCAGACCAAUAAAUCUCUUUUUUAUUACAUAAAAAACUUAUCACAACACAUAUAUGUACAUGCAAAUAUUCUACAUAAAAAUCAUAUUAUUCUAUCUUUUUAUAUGCAAUUUCAUAUGAACUAUUUAUGAACUUAUGCAAAUUUAAACAAAAUUUAGCUGUAACAGGAAUUGUAGAACAUAAUGUUUCUAGUUCAUACAUUUGGCUCAGUGACCUCUGGGAAUAAGUUCACAUGUCACUGCAAAGAUGACUAAUGUUUGUUUUGCUGUCAAGUUAGUAGAAAAAAUCAUUAAUAGGUAUGUUGGAACACCUUAACAUAUUUGUUCUGUAUGUUUCUUUGGUUUUGUUUUAUUUUGUAUUCCUUGAUAAGUUUUGUAGUACUAACAGCAAUGGUGUUAAUGGUACCAUAGGAAAUUGCUUAUUUUUAGGGUUCCGUAGCCAAAUGGCAUAAAACGGAACCCUUAUAGUUUCGCCAUGUCCGUCUGUCUGUCUGUCUGUCUGUCUGUCUGUCUGUCUGUCUGUCUGUCUGUCUGUCUGUCCGAGGCUUUGCUCCGUGGUCGUUAGUGUUAGAAAGCUGAAAUUUGGCAUGGAUAUAUAAAUCAAUAAAGCCGACAAAGUCGUACAAUAAAAUCUAAAAUUUUAAUUUUUUUUAGGGUACCUCCCCUACACGUAAAGUGGGGGUGAAUUUUUUUUUUCGCUUCAACCCUAAAGUGUGGGGUAUCGUUGGAAAGGUCUUUCAAAACUAAUACGGGUUUUCAAGAAACAUUUUUUGAUAAAGUGAAUAUAUUCGGAGAUAAUCGCUCCGAAAGAAAAAAAAAAUGUGUCCCCCCCCCUCUAACUUUUGAACCAUAGGUCCAAAAAAUAUGAAAAAAAUCGUGGAAGUAGAGCUUAAGAAAGACAUUAAAUGAAAACUAUAGCGGACAUGAUCAGUUUAGCUGUUUUUGAGUUAUCGCAAAAAGUUUUCCCUUCAUAGUAAAAAGACUUCUUUAAUUAGGUACUGAUUAUGCAAAUUUGCCUAUUUGUUUAACUCGGGUGAAAGGUACCAUUUACUACACUUUAAGCUCCAGUUUAGCUUAUUGUGACGGAAGAGUAACUACGGAACCCUACACUGAGCGUGGCCCGACAUGCUCUUGGCCGGUUAUUUAAUUAUGUCUUGCCUUUUCUUGCAAUCAUCUUAAAAUUAAUCCAUUUAGGCAAUAAAUUAAUAAAACUGUCAUAAAUCUCAUCUGGCAAGAAUAAAUAUUGGAAAAGUUUCAAAAGCUGUAAAUACAGUAUCCGUGGGUGUUGCGCCGCCAUUUCUUCCACGUAACACUUGUCAGAAGGAGUUUUGUAAUACUUUACACAACUAGAUACACUACUUUACUCUCCUUCUUUAGCAUAUUGUCAAAUUGAAGAUCUCAACAGUGUGAAAUUUGUAGUAGCAGUGUUUUGUUUAUAUAUUCGUUAUUAUUAUUUGGUAUAUAAUUAUAAACAAAUUAGUGAUUGAGUUUAGAGUAGAUUUUUUAAUAAGAUUAUAUCCUAGACAA